GCGUGGAGUCGGCAGCGCAGGCGAGGCGCUCGGUGGGAAGGGGCCACGGCGCGGCCAGAGCCUGAGGCAGCGACGGCACGGAUGGCCGACUCGCAGCUGUUCUCCGUGGCCGAGGAGCGCAGCGGCCACUGCGCGGUGGUGGACGGAAACUUCCUCUACGUGUGGGGGGGCUAUGUGUCAAUUGAAGAUAAUGAAGUAUAUUUGCCUAAUGAUGAAAUUUGGACCUAUGAUAUUGACAGUGGGUUGUGGACAAUGCAUCUAAUGGAAGGAGAACUCCCUACCUCUAUGUCAGGAAGCUGUGGUGCUUACAUUAAUGGAAAGCUGUAUGUUUUUGGAGGAUAUGAUGACAAAGGAUACAGCAAUCGACUUUAUUUUGUUAAUUUGCAAACAAGAGAUGGAACAUAUGUUUGGGAAAAAAUCACCAACUUUGAAGGACAACCACCGACACCACGUGAUAAACUUUCUUGCUGGGUAUAUAAAGACAGGUUAAUAUAUUUUGGUGGUUAUGGGUGUAGGAGACACAAUGAACUCCAAGAUUGUUUUGAUGUUCAUGAUGCAUCUUGGGAAGAGCAGAUAUUCUGGGGAUGGCAUAAUGAUGUCCAUGUAUUUGACACAAAAACACAGACUUGGUUUCAACCAGAAAUUAAAGGUGUUCCACCCCAGCCACGGGCUGCACAUACAUGUGCCGUUCUUGGAAAUAAGGGAUAUGUCUUUGGAGGACGUGUUUUGCAAACUCGGAUGAAUGACUUACACUGUCUAAACUUAGAUACCUGGACUUGGUCUGGAAGGAUUCCUAUUAAUGGAGAAAAUCCAAAACAUCGUUCAUGGCAUACAUUAACACCAAUAGCUGAUGAUAAGCUUUUCUUAUUUGGUGGACUAAGUGCAGAGAAUAUACCAUUAAGUGAUGGUUGGAUUCAUAAUGUCAUAACAAAUUGUUGGAAACAACUUACACACUUACCUAAAACAAGACCCAGGUUGUGGCACACAGCCUGUUUGGGAAAAGAAAAUGAAAUAAUGGUAUUUGGUGGGAGCAAAGAUAACUUACUUUCCUUGGAUACAGGUCACUGUAAUGAUUUAUUGAUCUUUCAAACACAGCCUUAUUCACUCCUCAGGUCAUGCCUUGAUUGUAUUGGUAAAAAUGUUAUCAUCCUAGAAAGUCAGAUCUCUCUACUGCCUCCUAAACUUAUGCAACAAGUAUUAAAAAAGAUAACAUUCUGGACUGCAGCUAACCACCGAGAAGAACAAAGAGCCCAAACAGAAGAAACCAAAGAUCAGUGGAUCAGUAGCAAUUAAGGUGUUAUAUGUUCUAUAUAUUUAAAAUGUUUAAAUAUUGUAAUCAAACUGUUAAGUUUUACACUCCUUACCCCACCUUGGAGGCUUU